AUGACUUGCCGCAAGGAGAUGGAAGGAGGAUUAGCGCUAAUGGAGAAGUAUAUGAAGGGAAUGGAAUGGCGGUCGCAUGGAAGGAAACUUCGCAUAGGUCUCAAGGAAGGCCAUGGUCUCCUCACUCUUGCUGAUGGAAGUGCCUAUGAAGGAGAGUUCCACAAUAACAAGAUGGAAGGAUAUGGCCAUAUGACCUGGAGUGACGGAAAGGAAUAUGAGGGAUUCUGGAAGAAAGAUAGAAUGAAUGGAAAGGGAAACUUCCUCUGGCCUGAUGGACGCAGAUAUGAGGAUCUAAAUAAUAGAGAUGUUACAAUCGCCAGUGCCAACGAAUCCGAGGAUGACUUGCACCAGGAGGACUAUGAAUGUGAGCAUGGCAAAGGCUCCAAGAAGGGUGGAAACAAGAUAGGCAUAAUAAACAAAUUUUUUGCUUUUGUAGUCGAGAUGCAAGCUAAAGAAGACCAUCGACAGGAUGAGGAGCGCAUAUAUGAAGACAAUUACGUUGGUGAUGGUGGCAUAUAUCACAUUACCUAUGCCCUUCUUUGA